UGGGGAGCGUCCAUGGCUGCGGCGGCCCGGCCGGACUCGGAGCCGUGAUGACAAUUUCCGCUUCCUCUGCCGCGGCUGCAGGGCCCGGCCGCGCCUAGGCCCGGCGCCUUCCGUGGGAGGCCGGUGCCGGGCAGGGAGGGGGCGCGAUGCCGCCGCCGCUGCGCGAGCUCCUGGCCGGGCUGCUGCUGGGAGCGCUGUGCGUGGAGGCUGCCGCGGCGAUCAGCGAGACCCGCUCGGCGCUCCCGCAAGGCGGCACCCCCGGGGAGGCGACGCGGAGCAGCAAUGGCAGCAGCAGCAGCCUGGCCGUGUCCGCCCCGCCCGAGCGCAACCAGCCCAUGACCCAGCGCGCCCUGGCGGUGCUCGUGGUGGCCAGCGCCGCCCUCAUCGUCUACUUCGUGAUCCGGACCGUGCGGACUGAGGCCUUAUGUGCCAUUUUGGAAUGCAAGGUUGAGCAUUUCCCCCUUGGAUCCAUUAAACCUCAGAAAAAGAAACAAAAAAACCCGAAGGUAUGGAGUUUUGGACACCAACAUAGAAAAUAUGGAGUUGGCGCCAUUAGAACAAGAUGAUGAUGAUGAUGAUGAUACAACAUUGUUUGAUGCCAAUCAUCCUCGAAGAUAAGUAUGUGCCUUUCAUUGAGAGAAAUUAAUCUUAAAUCAACAGAAAGAGGAGGUUAUGCAGGAGGAAUAAGAAGCCAAUAUAUCAACAGGGUUUGGGGGGGUAUUUAAAGUGUGUAUAUUAUGGUAUGCUUAGUUUGUUGCAAUAAAUACUAUUAUAACUUGUUGUACCUCUUUGUACAUACAGAAAUACUCUAAAUUCAGAGGGGUGUGCACUAAAAUUCAAAACUAUUUGGAAAGGAGAUUCCCUUUUAAAACAGGGUAUUUUCUGCUUAUUUUAAUUCCCUAUUUGUGUAUAUGUAUUGUAUACUUUUCUAUAUCAAUCUGGAAUAUGUUCACUUAUUUUUGCCAGUGUAAUAUUUUAAGUCCAUAUAAACAACAUCAUUGUAUGUAUGUGUGAAUUCUGUAGUAUGACUAGAUUUUGUGUAGUUUAGUUGAGUUUCUUUCCAUAUCUUGAAAAAGCUCUGUGCCAAACUACUGCCUCCUUUUUUUAUUUUGAUUUGGGUUUUUUUGUUUGAAAUUUUUGACUAAAUGAAUGUGAGUUAUUGUAUAUAAACAUUACCUAAAAUUGCCUAAGUGCACCAAUAAAAUGUUUGUUUACAAUAUUC